UGAUGAUACAAAACCUCCUGGUAACAAAAUCUAUCAAGCGUAGAAGAAGAAUGCGUACUACGUCAUUUUCGUUUUAAGAGUUGAAUGGCGCAGAGGAAAUAGCCCCCAAAACACACAGGAUGUCCAAAAGGAAAGUCACAUUUCAGGAUGGGGAUGAGGAGAUCACUUUGGAUGAUGAGCUGCCGAAAAAGAAGAUGUAUGAUGAAGUGAGUGGUCCUGGCUCGAGGUUUAAGGAGAAACACUCUCUGGACAGUGAUGAGGAGGACGAGGGAGAGGAUGCAGAGAAGGACAGUAAAUACAACAUCCUGGCCAGUGAUGAUAUUGAGGGUCAGGAAAUGGCCACGAUUGACUGUGAUGAAGGAGUUCCCAUCACCCCCUUCAACCUAAAAGAGGAAAUGGAGGAGGGUCACUUCGACUCAGAGGGAAAUUACUUUAUCAAGAAAGAGGAGGACAUCAGGGACAACUGGCUGGACAACAUCGACUGGGUAAAAAUCAAAGAGCAGCCAGUGAAAAAAAAAAAGAAGGGACUCUCGGCUAAGCGUCGCCGCCGCGCCGAGGAUGAGGAUGAGGCCGAGGAGGAGAGACAGCGAGAGGAGAAACAGGAGGAGAACGAGGAUGAAGACGAGGAAGAGGAGGAGAGCGAGGCUCAGGAAGACCCGCUGGCUUCGUACACGCCGUGCCAGCUGACCGAGGAGGUGGUCAACAUGCUGCAGCCGGGAGAGACCGUCUCCGCCGGGCUGCGCCGACUCGGGGGACUGGGAGUGCGGAAGAAAAAGGGACGAGCGCGGGACGGAGGGGGCGAGGAGAAAGACGAGUCGUCCAUCAGAGACACCGAGAAGCUGGACAGGCUCACGGCGCUGGCCGACAGACUGGUGGUGCUCGGGGAAUACGAGAUUUAUCAGCAGACGUACGAAAAGCUGGCGUACAGACUGAAAAAUAUGCAGAAGGCAGGCAAACGGGUCGUGAAGGACGGGGUGGAGGAGGAAGAGGACGAGCUGGACAUGUUCGCCGAUGAGUUUGACGAGCAGCACAGCCGGAAAAAAGAGGAGCAGGAAGAGGAAGCGGAGAGCAGCUUGGUGAGCGACGAGGUGAUGUGGGAGUACAAAUGGGAGAACAAGGAGAACUCCGAGCUCUACGGACCCUUCAGCAGCCAGCAGAUGCAGGACUGGGUGGAUCAGGGCUACUUUAAAGACGGCGUGUACUGCAGACGACUGAAUCAGGAGGGCGCGCAGUUCUACAACUCCAAAAGACUGGAUUUCGAGCUUUACACGUGACUCUCCCGCCUGCUCCGUUACAUCAUAUCCAACAUUUUUUGCUGUGCGUUUUUUUUAAAUGUGAGAGAUUUUUCCCCUUUUUUCCCCUCUGUAUUUUGUUUCCCUCACUGCCAUUUGUAUCGACGAGCCGGAUUAAAUAUUUACUGUCAUCUCUUUUAAAAUAAAGAUUUCGGUGGCUGACCAGA